GAUGCCCUGCAUUACAGGUAGAUUCUUUACUGUCUGAGCCACUGGAGAAGCCUGCACCAUCUGUAGUAUUUAGCUAAUACUGUUUUGUUUUUUUUUUAAUCCUCUGUUAAUGUGUAAAUUUCUUGGGGUGAAGGGUCACCUUGAUUGUUUCUGUAACUCCAGCAUCUAGCACUUCAUCGGUGCUUGAUGACUGUUUCAGCACACACACAGUGCUCAGGACACAGCCAUGAACAAAAUUAACUCCCUGCUCUUGUGGAGCUUACACUCCAGAGGGGGGAUGAAUACAAAGAGAAAUAAUUAAAUAUAUAUGGUGGUGGAAAAUGCUGUGGAGCAAAGAAGGAGGGACUGCAGUGUGGUCCGAGAAGGUCUCAAGUGUGACCUGGAUACACAGGUGGGUGAGCCACGUGGGUGCCCUGAAGAGCGGUUAGGUAUGUGAAGGCCAGCAAGGAGGCCAGAAGGAGGAGGAGCAGGAGAGGAAAACGGUAAACUAGGAGCCCUUGGAGACACGCCCUGGUGUGUAGAAACAGCUUGAGAUAAGAGAGAAGCCCAGCUGUGGCUCUCAGCAGGUUCUUCUGUGUGACCUUGAGCCUCAGUUUAAAUAGUCCCUUUGAAAUACCCAGCCCAGUAUCUGACACCUGGUAGCUGUGCUAGUUCCCUUCUUUGACCCUCGAGUAGACUGUGGUGGCCUGUGUGGGCAAAGCCAUUGGCAUAAAGCAGUCUGAUAUCACUAGAUUCAGCUCAGGUUGCUAGUGGCUCUGCUCUGCAACCAGCGUGUUUACCUUUUGGAUGAUGUUUCUGGUUUGCUUUUGGGGGAUGACCUCACCAGGUUCACCUCUAACACAUGAAGGCCCAGGGUGGUCUGGGCCUAUAAAUGAGCUGUUCGAGAUCCUUUGAGACAGCACAUGUAAUAGAGCUGAGGAUUCAGAGCCCGAGGACCCGAGUUUGAGACCUGGCUCUGCCACCUGCUGGCUUCAUAUCUUCAGGACAGUCCCCUCCUCCUGCCUUUAGUUCCUCUCUGGUAAGUGAGUCUCCAUUAGUACACAUUUAUUGAGAUUUUGUUAUGUUCCCGGGCACUGUUGACUAUGGAGGGGUGACUAAUACAGUAGAGUCUGUCCCCCAGAAGCUCACAGACAUCUAGGAUCACAGGUAGCCGGGUAGAGUAGGAAAGGGUAAGAUGUCCAAGUAUCCAACGGUGCCAGCCCCUGGCCUAGGCACCGUACUGAUAUGAAUUUGUGUGAUCUUUGCAAAUCCCCCAGUGAGGUACAUAUUCUGUUGUCCAGUUUAUAGAGGAGGAGGCAGAAGAUCAGAGAAGGUGAGUUUCAUGAGAGAAGAUGGAAACAGACUUCAUCCAACCAGACUUGGAUAAAGAACAUUCCACAGAGGCUGGUGAAGGCUCUUCCAUUUGGAACACAGUGAGCGUCUCUUUAAGAGGGGAAAUCUGUGCAGAGGAGAUAACAGAUUCUAUUCAGUCCAGUUCAACAAAGAGGGCACAAAGUGAAGUGUUGGGGCCCGGCCAGGCUCUGGAGGCCUGCAGCAGGGACUGGGGUCUGGCGGAUGGCCCCACUACCAGGGGCAGAGCUGGUCCAGACGCCGCUGCAGCUCUACCGAUACCUGCUGCGCUGUUGCCGGCAGCUGCCAACCGUGGGCAUCCAGGAGCAUUAUAAGCAUGCCAUCAGGCAGAGUUUCCGGGUUCAUUCGGAUGAGGACAACCCUGAGAGGAUCCAGCAGAUUAUUAAGAGAGCCAUUGAAGAUGCCGACUGGAUCCUGAACAAAUAUAAAAAACAAAACUGAGACUCCAGGGUGUAAAGAGUGCAGCCGACUUGGCGACGCUGACAUGGAGAGCUCUCGCUUCACCCGGCCCUGACAGCAGCAGCAGCCAUGCUGGGAUAUCUAUUGGCCUGGUUGGCUGGGAGCAGGAAAUCAGCGAUAGGAGAAGCUUGUCAUUUGCUCAGACUGCGCUUCCUGCCACAUUGGUGUCCCCAGCGUCCUUCACAUUUGCUUUUCCAGCUGGUGAUGAGGUGAGCUUUGGGGAGAAGGUGUUUUCUCACUUUGCUCUGAAAGUGACUCAUUUACUCUGGACAUCAUCCUUUGAGAGGCAGAGCUGGUAUCCCCUCACACAGCGGCCUGUGCAGAGGACAGGGCAUGGGCUUUACAAUCAGGCUGAUCUAGAUUUGAAGCUCAGCUCGGUGGCUUUUCAAGGGUGGCUUCAAGUCCAGUUCUUCCUUCGUUAGGAUUAGAUAAGAUGAAAUCAAAGAGCCUGAUGCAGGACAUGGUAUGUGGUGGGGCCAGUGAAUGUCCUCCUGAGGAAGCCGGCUCUGACGCCCUCGUGGUGCUCACGCGUCCCUCUGGCUCCCUCAGCAUCAGCUCUUAGUUCUCUGUGGGCUUGUCCUGUCCCAGCUUGUCACCCCAGGCCCUGAGCCCUCACAGUUGCACUGUGCCCGGCGGUCCGCCCAGCAGCUGCUCCUCCUGACACCGAGCCUCCCAGCCCAGAGAGACAGAAGCCCUGCUCUUUGUCUUCGUGGGAUCUGUCGUGUCUCAAUGUCGAAACGAAAAACGCCAGGGCACCUGCAGUAGACGCCGAUGUGUUCAGGCUGCCGUGAACCCGUGAUCUGUGUGACCAGCUCCUGCCUACUUUGGCUCCAUCUUAGAAGGAGAGGGAGGAGCAAGGAAGCAGUCGUGAGGGUCGUCGUGAGCCUGAAGUCUGUGGAGAAGGCAGACCUGGGUCACGUCCCAGCUCCACACACAGUGCUCUCGGGUAACUUACCUCGCCUCCUUCAGUCCCCGUUUCCUCAUCUAUCCAGGCAGUAAUGACCAUACCUACCUCACGGGGCCGCAGUGAGCAGUCAUAAGCCCUAAUGUAUGCCAAGUGCUUCCCCCAGGACCCGGCCUGGGGAGCCAGGGAGAAGGGAGCUCCUUUUCAAGAGAUUGAGCUCCCUUUCAAGGUCACAAAAUGACUAAGUUGGAUCUGUGAAUGUACCAAACCCUCUAGAUUUAAGAGGGGAAGGACAGCAGUAGGGGCAGAGGGAAAGGAGGGUGAGAGGGAGGCAGGGGGGAGGGCGAGCAGGGAACAUCAGGGUGACCGGCUGGAGUGGGCGGAGCAGCCAGAAGAUGCAAGGAGAGACCACACCAGUGGUGAGUGUCCCCCGAGGACUCCCAGCCAGAGGAUGAGCUUGCAGUCACGUGACUUACAGUGACUCAGAUACGCCCAUGUGCGCUCAGCUGAUCCGCAGAUCAUGAAGUAAAUACAUCAGAGCUCUGGUGUAUGUUCCCUACUGUGUGCUGUCAUGUUCGAUGUUGAGGGUUAGAGGCAGGCAGACAGAAAACUGCCAGGAGGGAUCAUUCUUUCAUGUUUUAAUUCAUUAAUUGAAAUGUAUGGUCCUAGGUAAAGAUAAAAUUUCAGAACUUGCAUGAAGCUUGAGGCAUCUCUCUUCCAGGUGGGAUCUGCACCAGUGGGAAACCUGCUGUCAGAGGAGGGGACCACAGGCGGGCCGCCUUUGCUAGCUUGGGGUGAGGGAGUAGCAGGGGGUGCCUGGCAGACGGGCAGUUUCACCAAAGGCUCGGAAUGGCACCACUUGCUCAGGAAGUCCCACGCUCUUCUGUGUGGUUGACACUGUGGACUGAAGAGACGGUUCUGCAGCCAUCUCUUUAUGUAAUUGUCUCCUUUCUGAGAGUGAACCCCUUGAGGGCAGGGGCCAUAUGCUGGUCGGUGCAAAAUCUUCUGGGCCAGCUGUGUGCCUGCUGCCCAAGUGGUGAACUUUAAGCAUUUGUUGAAUGGAAGAAUGAUAAUCCAGGCAAACUGAUACGCCUUUUUUGUUGGAGUGUUUAUUGCUUUCUAAUGAUGGGGGAUGCUGGGAGGUGGUGAUUAUUUCUUGGCCAACCACUAGUAUGUGUGUAUGUGUGUGUGUUCUUAUCACUGAUGCUCAAAUAAAGUCUUAAUACUAUUAUGGAAGUAGUUUUGACUUCGAGAAUCUCCUGAAAGGAUUUUAGGGAUUCCUUGAACUGUACAUGGAGUCCAUGGACUGCACUUGAAGAUCACUGUCUCUGUGUGUAAUCUGAAUAAACCAGAAUACUAAGAGGAUUUUUACCUCCUUUCUUGA